AUGCCAACUGGUAUAUCUGCUCAUUAUUAUGCUUCUGACACUACAUGGAAAGUUAAUAGAAGUGAAGGCAGACCUUGCAAAUAAAUGGUGGUGGGGGCUGAAUCUGUGUGCCAUGUCUCUUCUUGUCAAUAGCCACUCUAAGAUAAGGUUGGAAGGUUGGGUGCUAUCCCGUGUCGGAGCUAUGAUCCUUUCUUAGGUCAUUCUCAGUGGUCUUCGUAUUUAUUCUAAAUUGAUGCAAAUUCCUAGGGCACUUAUCAAUGGAUUAACAUAAUACAAGUAGAUUUCUCAUGAUUGUCUUUUUUGGUUGUCAUUUUUACUUCAUGAGGGCGCAGAUGAAUGAUUUCUAUCCCUUGUGUGAGUUUUGUAAUGAUUUGUAUAGCAUAUUAUUGUGGAUGCUUUUGGCUGACUUGGUAUUUAUAUUCAUUUCAGGAGGCGUUAUUACAAUUUGCAUCCAUAGAUCUGAUAGAAUUGUGCAAAGAAGCAAAAGUGGAACACUGCCGGGCAUCUAGAGACUUGAGUACCUGUGGACGCUAUGUACAACAUGCAUUAAGUUCUUGUGGACAUGCUGCGCUAUGUGAAGAGUGUAGUCAGAGAUGUGAUGUUUGUCCAAUUUGUAGGACUCCUCUGCCAAAGGGUGGAAAACUCCGUCUUCGUCUUUAUGAUAAAUGCAUUGAGGCUGGCAUUAUCGCUAGAAAAGAUGAUGCGAGAUCUGAACAGAAUUACAACGGGGAACAUUUAGAUGUCCAGCGCCUCUAUUCUCUCUUUGAUGUUGCCCUAGAAAACAACCUUGUUUCUUCAAUCUGCCAUUGUAUCCUUUUGUUUUUUAUAUUUGUUGAUGGAUGAAACGACUGAUGCGGGGAUGCAUUCAAAGUAUAGACCAUGUUAUCAUCACCUUAACAAAUACCACAGAUGUUACAGAUGUUUGUCUGGACGAAAAUGCUGUAUCAAGCGACCCUGUACUUGCAUUUCUUUUGGAUGAAGUUGUUGUGAAAAACUGGUGCAGAUGGAAGUACAAGAGUGUUGUUCAAGAUCUUCAUGACAUAUGUAUCCUUGAAACCUUGACAUCUAGAUUUGGGGAGACAGUCCUGUUUCAAAUAUACAAUUUUUGAUCUGGAUGAUAGCAUAUAGUAAAAGAGAGAUCAAAGUCUUGAACAGGAAGGUAAAAAGCAUGAGACAAGUCUUACAUGUUAUGCAUGUCUUUUUUUAUGCUUUUUCUUGUGUUAGACUGCUUAUACCACUGGAAGCAUCAUGAUUGGUAUUAUGAUGGGCUUAAAUAUUGUCCUUUUAACAAGAUUUUAUAUAUAUUGUAUUUUAUCAUCUGGCAUCUACAAUCAUUCAUGGUCACUUUGAUUGCAUCAAAGAAGUUAAUACGGUCUAGUUUUCUUGGUUUUCAAUCUUGUGUUGAGAUGCUUUGAGAACAAAGUGAAUGAUUUGAAGCAUACUCUUUUUUUAUCUUUUGCAUAAUCUUUCACCAUUGCUGCAAAUUUGGUCUUGUACUUUUUGGGUUCAUUUUCCCAUGAAAUUUUCUGUUUAAGAGAUGGAUCGUUUUCCCUGGUUAUCGUAGGCACAUGCAUGUGCAUGGGCGUAUCUGUUGACAUCUCUAUCUAUGAUUGCUUGGGUUUAUGUUACCUAUGCCUGCUCAUGGGAUAAUUAUCUUUCACUUUUAGUGCAUAUACUAGGAUCUCACUUUUUUUUUUUAAGUGGAUAAUUCCAGAUAUAUAAACCACGUUCUUACAGGUACAUCAAUUACAUGACAUGCUUAUACUUUUGACCAAUAAUAUCAUGAUUGCCUAUUGUGGCACACCGACUGUUGACCACCUUUAUGUCACCCAUGUUUAAGUGCGUCACUGAUUUCCUCUCUUCCAGCACUACAUUUACCAUCCGAUCACUUUCCUGCCUGUGACACUGGAUGGCUACUUGCGAUUGAGCUAGCCAAUCACGUGAUCCUCACAUUAUCCUCACUAUGGUGAGAUUCCUUUGUGCCUCUGGCACCUUCAUCUUGGUGUACCUAUCCCUGCAGUGCUUUUGAGUAUGCCAUAUUUAUCAGGACAUUUUGUUCUUAAUUAGUUUUUAUAAACAUUUUACAUUGCUUUCGUAUGAUGGUUCAUUAAUCAUACGGAUGAAAUGUUAUUGCCUUAAAUGUUGAGAAAUUAGAUUAAGGAUACUGUUGGAUGUUUAAUAUGAUAUUUUAUACAUUAAUAAAAUUUUAAGACCCGUGGGAUUAAAUAUGCACAAACUGAUUAGUAUUACUAUAAAGUUUGAUAUUAAAUACCUUAACUAAUUUGAGGAUAUUGAUUUUUUUUUUUUGUUUUAAUAUGAACUUUGUUAUCUCUGUUUUAGUUUAGCUACACUGUUGCAUGAAAUGUAUCGUUGGAAUGGGAUGCUAUUCGUUUCAUACUUUUAACUAGCUGUGCUUUCUCUUUGGAGUUUACGGAGUUGGGAAUUCCUUAACUAGUCCUACUUGUAACAAACAUCAAAUAAAAUCAUCAAAAGCCAUCAACUCGUAGUGGAAUCUUAUUUUGGCUGCUUAUUUUGGUCUUUUAAAAUUCUAUAAGCUAUCGUGUAAUACUCUGUGCCCAUUCCAACGUACAUUAAAUUUCUCAUGAUGGAAUUUUCUUUUGGCUACUUAUUUUGAUUUUAUAAAAUUCAAUAAGCUAUUGUGUCUAAUACACUGUACCCACCCCAGCGUACAUCAAUUUUCUUGGUUGCUUUCUGUUUGAUGGUUGCUUGAUUUUUGUUUCUACCGAGUGUUGAGAUAAGUAGUUAGAGUUUCAAGCACUUACCUAAAUGUAUCUGCUUAUCCUCUCGAUGUUUGAUGAUGUAACACACCCUUUUCUAUGUUUUUUCCAAGUAUCCUCUGUGGUAGUGGGAUAGACGAUUUUUUAAGAUCUUCAAUUGGAUGUGCUGGUAAAAUAUUUUCUUGUUGGAAGUGGGUUCCAUAAUAGUUUCAAAGGAUAAAUUUGAUGCAUGGAUGUGAUAACUCCGGGAUUCCGGAUAAUUUGACAAGGAAUGCCUUAACAAGGAUUCAGAUGUUCGUGAAGAGGGAAUGCAAACAAACUUGAACUUGCUCCUGAAGUUUUCUUCACGGUUAAAUGGCAUCUCUAAUGUUCUUGCGGUUUUGGAAUCGUCAUUUGCGGGAUCUCUAUCUGCAGAGCUUCAAGAUUUACAUUGGCUCUCAGAGAAUACAUUGAAGACCAAACAGGUUAAGUUUUUAUGA